UAUUGUGAUCACGUGGGCUGCCCGGGGCGCGCGGCUUGUUUUGGUUUUCCUUGGGCUUUCCCUGCGUAGCUUCUGUGAGCCACUGUCCUUCCCCGGGUCCACCUCGGCCUGCACCUCGGCUGAUCUUCGAGCUCCUUCGGCCCGCACUCUUAAGAGCCCCGCGGGGCGGCGUCCUGUCAUGCCGCUGGUGCGCUACAGGAAGGUAGCCAUCCUGGGGUACCGCUCUGUAGGGAAGACAUCUUUGGCACAUCAAUUUGUGGAAGGCGAGUUCCUGGAAGGCUACGAUCCUACAGUGGAGAAUACUUACAGCAAGACAGUGACUCUUGGCAAAGAUGAGUUUCACCUACAUCUAGUGGACACAGCAGGGCAGGAUGAGUACAGUAUUCUGCCCUAUUCGCUCUUCAUCGGGGUCCAUGGUUACGUGCUUGUAUACUCGGUCACCUCCCUGCGCAGCUUCCAAGUCGUUAAGAACCUGUACCAAAAGCUACAUGAAGGCCAUGGUAAAACUCGGCUGCCGGUGCUACUUGUGGGGAACAAGGCAGAUCUCUCUCCAGAGAGAGAGGUGCAGGCAGUUGAAGGGAAGAAGCUGGCAGAGUCCUGGGGUGCAACGUUUAUGGAGUCAUCUGCUCGGGAUAAUCAGCUAACUCAAGACAUCUUCAUCAAAGUCAUCCAGGAAAUUGCUCGUGUGGAGAAUUCUUACAGACGACAGGACCGCCAAUGCUAUCUCAUGUGAACUCUUAGCAUGGAAUAACUGCUCUGUUUCGGCCGUAGGCAUUGUCCAGCCUGCAGCGGUGGGGCAGACCCUCAGGACUUAACUGCUACAGUUGCCAACUAUGUCCCUAGUCCACUGGGCACAAGUAUGGCACCCUCAUUUUUGCACACUCAUCCCAGGUUCUGGUAGCCUGGAUGUUAAUGUUUACAAAGGAGCAAGAGGUCUC